GUGACGACGCUUAUACGAGACGUUCCAGGGAAUUUCGGUUGGCAUUAUUGUGCAGCGGUUUGCGCAGAGAAGAAGUUGAUUUUUGAGAAGAAGUAUCCAUGUCUACGCGUUUUUUAAUUAUUUUCGUCUAAUUACCGUGAGAAAUUAGCUAAAAGUUGAAGUUUGGAAGUUAGUUCCGACCGCUCGAGAAAAAACCGUUGGUCGGAAAUUCACGACGGCCAUUUUGUUCGCGGAUUUCGCCGGGAGAAGUCGCUCGGUGGAGGCUCCGUGCGUUUUGUUGAAUUUCUCGAGGAAAAACUAACUCGUAAGCAUUAAAUUAAGUAGACGACUGCCGUGGUUCAGGAGGAGAAUCUUCUUGUCGUAAAAAGAGAAUACUGAGCUACCAUCUAGAGGCGAUAACAGCAGACCAAGUCACACUAGCUGCUUUUUGUCAUCAUCCAUACUUCUAAAGGGAUUUCAACUGAUAUUGGCCCAAAUUGAUUUACGAGUCCAAAUGUUUGCCAUUUCAAACAAGUAUCAACUUGUGUUGUGAAGCACAAGAUUUUAAGCACAUAUUGAAUUGGCGCCAAAUCAUUGUAAGGUUGGUAAUAGUUCUGACAAGAUAAACAAGGAUAGAUGCAAGUGUAUCUACACGUAUCAACAUGGCUUUUACACUCUGGAACCUUUAUGAAGCUACUCUUUUACUUUUAAAUGCUGCUUGUAUCUUACAUGAAGAGCGAUUUCUUAUGAAAUAUGGCUGGGGAGCAAAUCAAAAUAUUCAAGGAUUUGGGGAGCCACCCACCGUCAAAUCUCAAAUUUUGAAUUUGCUGCGAUCAGUUCGAAUGGUUGUAAGAAUUCCGCUGAUAUUUUUCAAUAUUGUAACGAUAAUUAUAAAACUAAUUUUCGGAUGAGAUGUAGAACAUUCCAAAGUGAUGUCAAAGUGAUGUAAAUAUCAAGUUCUUCAAGAAUACUGUGCGGAAAACUGUGGGAAAUGUUAACAAACUGAAUUUCAAAACAGCAUGUGUUUAUUUAUUUUUACAAGAAUGUAUAAAAAGAAAUAAAUCAUUUCUUGGUUUAGUUUCA